AGUGCAAAACCGCCGCAAAAGGUACAAAUAGUAGGGUUCGGUGCGCCGAGAACCGUCUAAAUCGCCGCCAUGAUUCUCGCCAUUUUCGUUCUUCUAAUUCUGAAUUUAUUUGAUCCAACGUUGUCGUGCAUGGCAACUCAGAAUUCUGCUAGUGCUACGUUAUCAUGUGCAAACCCUACUGUAGCGGCUCCAGCUAACGAUGAUGUUCCAGAAGCGACACUCAGCGUAUCUGGAACCACUCUUACUGUAACUUGCCAAGCCGAAGUACAGGGACAGACAGCGGUUGUGGGGUACAACGCCGCUCUUAAUUCUGGAGAAACCUCUAUCCAAAUGACAUGUUUCGCAGAUGGCUGGCAGUAUACGAAUGCUGCUGGGGAUGUUGUGACGGUAACGGCUGUUGAAUGUUUGGCUGGAUAAUUGUGCUUCAAAAUGUGCGAACAAAGUCGUUAUCGAAUUAAUAUUAAUAAUUAUAAUAAAUGUGUACUUUUUUUAAAAUGUUUAAAACCGGUUUUUGUUGAAACCAGCUGUUAUUAUUUAUUUUUUCAACAAAAAUCCGAAAAAAAUCAUAUAAAAAUGAAUUAUUCUCUAUUUAUUU